AGCAACGACGUCGCAUAGACAUCGCCGACUCAACACUGUGAUAGCUUAAGGGGUCCAUUUAGUGCGUCACGCCAAAAGUAAAACCAAAUUGAUCGACCAUAUCCACUCAAUUCGACCCAAAAAUGGUUCUGUUAAAAUCCAUCUUCUCUUCUAUAAAAGUCCUUCACUUGCUUAAAACCCUGAUUAACAAGCCAUGAAAAUUUCUUGAAAAGCUUCUAAAUUUCACUGAGAAUUCAAAUUUGUUGUGGGGGUUCCAACUAUGGUUUCUCUAGAAGAUUCACGCUCUCAUUCACACUCCAAUCCCAACAUUACUACUCACUUUCCUCGAACGCGGACUUAUUACUACACUCCGCCGCCGUCUUCCGCCAGCAUCAGCCGUUCGAUGGGCCGUUCCAUGCGUACUAUACGUUCAAAGCACUUCCAAACUGAUCUGUCUGGUGCCAUCUACGAGAAAUCGUCCAACGUUUCUGAAAACCUAACCGACUCGGUCAUAGACCUUCGCCUCGGGGAGCUCGCCAAUAAAUCGCCGGUUGAUUCGAAAGCUUCGUCUUCUUCCGAAAUCGACGAGUUUUUGGACAUUUCCCAAGCUUUCAGUGACUUCUCCGCGUGCUCCAGUGACAUAUCUGGAGAGCUCCAGCGCCUAGCUAGCCUCCCCCAUCCUGGCCCGAAUCAAAGUCCGACGCAAGACCCGGAGCCCGAACCAUGUUUGGGCUUUUUGCAGAGAGAGACAUUUUCCACGGAGAUUAUUGAAAUCAUUUCUCCUGAAGACCUUCAGCCUACUGUAAAGCUCUGUGUGGACGGGUUGCAGUCGUCCUCAGUUGCAAUUAAAAGGUCAGCAGCUGCUAAAUUGAGACUAUUGGCAAAAAAUCGAGCUGAUAAUCGGGCCUUGAUUGGAGAAUCCGGUGCAGUUCCCGCUUUGAUCCCGCUUCUCCGGUGUUCGGAUCCGAUGACUCAGGAACAUGCAGUCACGGCUUUACUCAACCUCUCACUUCUUGAAAGCAACAAAAGUGUGAUCACAGAUGCAGGUGCAGUAAAAUCCUUAAUUUACGUGUUAAAAACAGGCACAGAGACUUCCAAACAGAACGCAGCAUGCGCUUUGUUAAGCUUGGCUUUGAUCGAAGAGAAUAAAUUGUCAAUUGGUGCUUGCGGUGCAAUACCUCCAUUAGUGGCACUGCUCAUUAAUGGGUCGAGUAGAGGGAAAAAAGAUGCUUUAACAACGCUGUAUAAGUUAUGCUCGGUGAAAUUGAAUAAGGAGAGGACAGUGAAUGCCGGGGCUGUGAGGCCGUUGGUGGGGCUUGUGGGAGAGCAGGGGACUGGUUUGGCCGACAAGGCGAUGGUGGUGUUGAGUAGUUUGGCUGCCAUUGAGAUGGGACAGGAGGCAAUUAUAGAGGAAGGUGGUGUUGCGGCACUGGUCGAGGCAAUCGAGGAUGGAAGCGUUAAGGGGAAGGAAUUUGCAGUCUUGACUUUGUUGCAGUUGUGUAGAGAAAAUGUUCGGAACAGGGGAUUGCUCGUUAGGGAGGGAGGCAUCCCACCACUUGUUGCCCUGUCACAGACUGGUACAGCAAAAGCUAAGCAUAAGGCUGAAGCACUUCUUGGGUACCUGAGAGAACCUAGACAAGAAGCUUCUACGUCGAGUCCGUAGAGACUCGCAUAAAUGGUUCUGUAUAAUAUCAUACUGUAAACAGUUUGUUGUUGACUGUAUAUGGUAAUUGUUUUGAUGGGAUUGGGAUUUGUACAGAGUAGUCGAGUAUUUAGGAGUAUAUGAUAGAAAUUUGAGAAUGAUUAGAAGCUGGCCUUCUAGUUGUAUGUUGGUCAAUUAGAUUCUUUUUUGGUUUGCACAUCCCCUUCAUUGAUGGUAUUUGUCUCUAUGGAGGGUGGAGCUUGGUUAUCUAGCGUGUGUUUUUGGUUGCUGAGAAUUCGGGUAUUAUUUGUGUUGUUUUAUUUCGGUGAUCAAAUUCCAUGGAAGGUUUUAUUAGUCAUUCUUCCAUGAAUGGAAAAUUUUCUUUUGAGCUUGACCCUGAUCCAGGUUAUAGAAGAUUGAGUGUGCUUGAGCUUGGUUUGUUUUAAUUACA